UUACUAGGGUUUUCUUUAUUUUUCUUCCUUGUUUCCCUUUCUUGGGUAUCUUCCAUUUUCUUCUCGACCUCGUUUUUUAACGGUAUGAAAGUUUAGUGUUGUGUUAGAUCCAUGGUAGUUGUUCUUUGGCGGCUUUUGGUAGUGUUUAUUAUCCUAUCUGUUUUUCUGUUGGAACUCCAUUUUGUUGUUUAGGGAUUAUACAGAGUGAUACUCUGGAAGGGAGAAGUCCCCACAGAGUUGUUUUGAUGUGGAUGGAGUAGUGGAGUGAAUCUUUAUUUUGUGAGUGCCUGCUGUUUGUCCUGAUAUGUAAUCCGAAUUGUUUUCUUGUUCUUGUUUGAUUUAUUGUGAAGGAGAAAAGGAGUCAUCUUGAAAUUGUUUGACAACAAUCUGCCUUAUGUUUAAACCUACUAGAUCUUUGCUUCUUUAUCUUGUAUGUUACAAAGUUGAGUUGAAUAUUUGUUUGUCUUUACUCCCUAUUCUUCCUCUAAUUUGUGUUCUGUUCUGCUUCUACUGUUCGGACUUCAAGAAUGAUUGUCUAAUUGCUUGGUGGAAGUACGAAAUGGCGGAUAGAUUUCAAGCACGUUUGAUCAUGGACUCUGUAACCAAAAAUCCAGAACGUAGGCCAUUUUCUAUCAAAUUGUGGCCUCCUAGUGAAAAUACUCGAAAAAUGCUUGUGGAGCGGAUGACAAAUAACCUUACCAGCAAAUCCUUUUUCACCCAAAAGUAUGGUACUCUUAGUCAGGAAGAGGCUACAGAUGAGUCACAGAAAAUUGAGAAUAUUGCUUUUGAGACAGCCAAUCAGAAUUAUGAAAAACAGCCAGAUGGUGACGGGGGUGCUGCUGUGCAACUUUAUGCCAAGGAAUGCAGCAGGUUGCUUCUUGAGGUUCUUAAGAGAGGUCCUAAAGUUGAGGCAGACAAGGAGGCUGGAUCUGAUAUCACUAGUGCUCCUCGUGAAAUCUGUUUCGAUAUCUCAAAAGGUCGACGGGCCUUUAUCGAGGCUGAGGAAGCUGAAGAACUUCUAAAGCCCUUAAAAGAGCCAAGAAAUUCUUAUACACAGAUAUGUUUCAGCAACCGGAGCUUUGGUUUAGAAGCAGCUCGUGUUACUGAGCCGAUUCUUGUGUCCCUCAAGGAUCAGUUAAAAGAAGUGGAUCUCUCUGAUUUUAUCGCAGGAAGACCAGAAUCAGAAGCUCUACAGGUCAUGAAAUUGUUCUCUGAUGCUUUAGAAGGCAGCAUCUUGAGAUCCUUAAACCUCUCAAAUAACGCCUUAGGUGAGAAGGGUGUUAGAGCUUUUGGCUCUCUCCUGAAAUCACAAUCUUGUUUAGAGGAGCUAUAUUUGAUGAAUGAUGGAAUUUCCAAGGAAGCUGCUCAGGCGGUAUCCGAGUUGAUUCCUUCAACAGAUAAACUUAGGAUCCUUCAUUUUCAUAACAACAUGACAGGUGAUGAAGGUGCUUUUGCUAUUGCCGAAGUUGUAAAGCGUUCUCCUCUAUUGGAAGACUUCCGUUGCUCCUCUACAAGGAUAGACUCUGAGGGAGGAGUAGCCUUAUCUUUAGCACUUGGGACUUGUCCCCGAUUGAAGAAACUUGACCUCCGAGACAACAUGUUUGGAGUGGAAGGUGGAGUUGCUCUGAGUAAAGCCCUUUCACAUCAUGCAGAUCUCAAGGAGCUUUAUUUGAGUUACCUGAACUUGGAAGAUGAAGGGGCAAUUGCCAUAGCCAAUAUACUGAAGGACACUGCUCCUACACUUGAAGUCUUGGAAAUGGCUGGAAAUGACAUUACAGCUGAAGCUGCUUCUGCAUUAGCUGCUUGUAUAACUCAAAAGGCCCAUUUGAUCAGCUUGAGUUUGGGUGAGAAUGAGCUGAAGGAUGAAGGAACUAUCCAGAUCAGUAAGGCAUUAGAAGGUCUCAUCAAAUUAAAGAAAGUUGACAUGAAUACUAACUUAAUUAGGAGAGCUGGCGCUCGGGUUUUAGCUCAAACUGUGGUUCAGAAGCCUGAUUUUCAACUGCUGAACAUCAAUGGAAAUUUCAUUUCUGAUGAAGGCAUUGAUGAGUUGAAGGAUAUUUUCAAGAAAUUUCCGAAUAUGCUCGGGCCCUUGGAUGAAAAUGACCCCGAAGGGGAAGACGGCAACGACGGGGAAUCUGUAGCAGAUGGCGAGGAGGAGGAGGAGGAGGAUGAGUUGGGAUCAAAACUAAAGAACCUUGAAGUUAAUGAAGAGAACUAGAGAGGUUCUCUAUUUAAUGAACCUCUUUGAUUUAGGCUAGUUGCAAGAUUUGUCUCUCGAACUUUAGUAUUUGAAGAGAGGCACAUGUUUUUAGUUUCUGAUUUUUGGUUUAUUUCAAGAACUGAAUCUAGUUUAACAGCGAUUGACUAGAACAUGAACAAAAUUUCUGUGGGAGCAUCAUGGUAAUAGAUUGUCUGUAGCCGUAGGAUUUAUUUUGGUUACUAGGAAUUUUUGCAAUGAACUGUAUCUGUAUCCUUUGUUGUCAUUGCCUCCAUCCUUUUCUCCCUUUUGAGAGGAAUAGUUGGAUGAUGAAUCUUGCUCCGUAUUUGAUUGGAGAACUUAAAAGGCUUCUUUACUUUA